AUGGAAGGGAAUAACCAAACCUCAGUGACAGAGUUUAUCCUGCUGGGCUUUUCUAACUUUUCUCGAACACAGCUUACCCUAUUUGUGGCCUUUGUAUCAGCAUAUGCUGCAGCCCUGGUGGGUAACAUUUCUAUAAUCACGCUGAUCAGGCUCUAUCCCACACUUCACACCCCCAUGUACUUCUUCUUGGUCAACCUCUCCCUCCUGGAUGUUUGCUGUGUCAAUACCAUUGUUCCCCAGCUGUUGAGGAAUUUAAUGGAUGAGAAAAACACCAUCUCCUUCCAAGGCUACUUAACGCAGGCUUACUUCUUUGUCAUUUUCUUGGCCGCCGAGCUGCUACUGCUGGCUGUAAUGGCUUUCGAUCGCUACAUAGCCAUCUGUCACCCUUUGCGCUACACUGUCAUCAUGAACUGGAAAGUCUGCAGUUACUUGGUGCUUGGGACAUGGGUGCUUGGCAUCCUACUUGCAAAUGUUCACGUUCUCUCCCUCCUUCGCUUGUCCUUCUGUGGACCCAGUGCAAUCAAGCACUUCUUCUGUGAGCUACCACCACUGCUUCAGCUCUCUUGCACUGACACAACCUUCAAUCAAUACCUGAUGCUGGCGACCGACCUCUUCUUGGGCUUUGGCUGCUUCCUACUGACUCUAGUCUCCUAUGUCUACAUUGUCUCCUCCAUCCUAAAGAUCCGCUCAGCAGAAGGGAAGAAGAAGGCUUUCUCCACCUGUUCCUCCCAUGUGAUGGUGGUGACACUUUUCUACAGCUCAGUGAUUUACACCUAUGUUAGACCUCCUUCCAUGUAUCUAGACAUGGACAAAAUUGUAGCUGUAUUGUACACUGUGAUCACACCUGUUCUCAACCCCAUUAUCUACAGUCUUAGGAACAAUGAAGUAAAGGAGGCAUUCAAGAAGUUUGUCAGUCUACACAGAGACUAG